AUGAUGCCGAGGUACAACAAUUUCCUACCAAUAUUCCCGGAGUCCCAGGUCUUCCCAGCUUGCCCCUUCCAUCUGUUCCACUUCCGUCCUGGGUUUCCAACGGCUAUUCCUACUGGAUUACCGACUGGCCUGCCAAAUCUACCAGUACCCACGGCUAUUCCCACUUUCGUCCCAACUGCCAUUCCUACCUUGAUUCCUACCGCUAUCCCUACUCUUAUUCCCACUGCUAUCCCUACUGCUAUUCCCACUGCUAUCCCUACUGCUAUCCCUCCUAUCCCAAGUCUUCCAUCCAUCCCAGGCCUCCCUAAUUUGCCAAGCCUUCCCUCUAUCCCAGGUAUCCCGCCUAUUCCAACCCCAGCAGCUAACGAAAAGACCAACCAGGCCAAAGUCUCAUCUAACUCCAGGGUCAUGAGAGUAAAGAAGGAAGACUAA